CCAUCCCCGCAGGGUGACGCUGGCGACCCAGGGAGGUGGGUGUACCGGUUGGUUCGGGAGACGGGCCGUCGUUCCUAAGUUAACUGAAAUACACCGGACCAAGGUGGAGCAAAAUCAACGCACCCCCCGCGAUGGCUGGCGCCCCUUCUUAGAACGGCCAGGCGCAGGCGGAGGGAGCGAUAACAUCUCCCGGAGAGAAUCAGCCGCGCUCUAGCGAAAGUUGGGCCCACGCGCCCGCCGCGGACCCAGGGUUCGUUGGAAGCGUUCUGCGCACGCGCGCUUUGUUUUCCAGGCCGCACUUUCAGACCCGCCACCUUCAGCCCUUUGCCUCGCGCCGCCGGGCGGGCCGGGCAUGCGCACACGAGAGGCCCCGCCCCAUUUGCCCCGGAAGUGCUUUCUUUGCCCGCGACGCGCGUGCGCCGAACGAAAUCGCGGCGGUGGCGGAUCAAGGUGGUGAUAGCGCGGCCUUGGGCUCUGGUGUCUCCCAGUCUGCUGAAGCCCGGAGGCCAACACCAUGGACUUCCAGCAUCGCCCUGGGGGCAAGACCGGGAGCGGGGGCGUGGCCUCCUCCUCCGAGAGCAACCGUGACCGCAGGGAACGCCUCCGGCAGCUGGCCCUGGAGACCAUCGACAUCAACAAGGACCCAUAUUUCAUGAAAAACCACUUGGGCUCCUAUGAAUGCAAGCUCUGCCUGACACUUCACAACAACGAGGGGAGCUACCUGGCACAUACCCAGGGGAAGAAGCACCAGACCAACCUGGCUCGGCGAGCGGCCAAGGAAGCCAAGGAGGCCCCCGCACAGCCCGCGCCCGAGAAGGUCAAGGUGGAGGUGAAGAAGUUUGUGAAGAUCGGCCGUCCGGGCUACAAAGUGACCAAGCAGAGGGACUCGGAGAUGGGCCAGCAGAGCCUCCUCUUCCAGAUCGACUACCCUGAGAUCGCUGAGGGCAUCAUGCCGCGCCACCGCUUCAUGUCUGCCUACGAGCAGCGGAUCGAGCCCCCGGACCGGCGCUGGCAGUACCUGCUGAUGGCCGCCGAGCCCUACGAGACCAUCGCCUUCAAGGUGCCAAGCAGAGAGAUCGAUAAGGCAGAGGGCAAGUUCUGGACCCACUGGAACCGGGAGACCAAGCAGUUCUUUCUCCAGUUCCACUUUAAAAUGGAGAAGCCCCCGGCUCCACCCAGCCUCCCUGCUGGACCCCCUGGGGUGAAGCGGCCUCCACCCCCGCUGAUGAAUGGUCUGCCCCCUCGGCCACCGCUGCCUGAGUCUUUGCCACCACCCCCACCAGGAGGCCUGCCCCUGCCACCCAUGCCCCCCACGGGGCCUGCGCCCUCAGGGCCCCCAGGACCACCCCAGCUACCCCCGCCAGCUCCAGGGGUCCACCCCCCGGCCCCAGUGGUGCACCCCCCCACAUCUGGGGUCCAUCCUCCAGCUCCUGGGGUCCACCCCCCAGCUCCUGGCGUCCAUCCCCCAGCCCCUGUGGUCCACCCACCAACCUCUGGGGUCCACCCCCCAGCCCCUGGAGUCCACCCUCCAGCCCCUGGGGUUCACCCACCAGCACCUGGGGUUCACCCACCAGCCCCUGGAGUCCACCCACCAGCCCCGGGGGUCCACCCUCCCCCAUCAGCAGGAGUUCACCCCCAGGCCCCAGGGGUGCACCCAGCAGCCCCGGCUGUUCACCCUCAGGCCCCAGGGGUGCACCCACCAGCCCCAGGGAUGCACCCUCAGGCCCCAGGGGUCCACCCCCAACCUCCCGGAGUCCAUCCGUCAGCUCCUGGGGUCCACCCUCAGCCUCCUGGAGUUCACCCCUCAAAUCCUGGGGUACACCCCCCAACUCCCAUGCCCCCAAUGCUGAGGCCCCCACUCCCCUCCGAAGGCCCAGGGAACAUACCUCCCCCUCCCCCAACCAACUGAGAAGCUGCUCCCUUCCCAGCAAUCCCGGCCCAGGUGCUCCUGCCUCUCCCGUGGAGGGAAGGCUGCUCUUUUGUACUGUCCCGGCUCAUUAAACGGCCUCCCCCAGCCCUGAGUGCAUGGAUUCCGCA